AUGGAUGCAUUAAAAAAAAUAAUCAAAUAUAUAAUAACGUUCUUAGUUAUUGUAGUUUUCCUUUAUAAUGCCUUUAUUAUUACAUUUUCGCAGCUAUUUAUUAACUUUUUUUUCUCAAAAAAUCCAAUAAAAAGACAAGAAUCUUUAAAUUUAACUAAGAAAAGAUUUAUUCUGUUAUUAGUUACCAUCUACAGUGUAGUGGCUCACUCCAAAAUACGUUUAACUAUUGACACGACUACUAUUAAUCCAAAUGCUAUUGCAUUGGAUCCAAAAACUAAAUUAAUAAAAACACAUUUGGCCUCUACCUCAGUCAUAAUGUCAAAUCAUCAGAUAUAUACGGAUUGGGUUUUCUUAUGGUGGAUUACCUAUACGUCUAACCUAGCUGGAUCUGUAUAUAUUAUGCUGAAAAAAUCUUUGGAAUAUAUUCCAAUUUUAGGUUACGGUAUGAGAAAUUAUAGGUUUAUUUUCAUGAGCAGGAAGUGGAAUCUGGAUAAAGUCAAUUUACAUAAUCAUUUGACCGAAUUGAACACGGAUGCCUUAGGAUGCGGUAGGCUAAGUGGAAAUUUACCUAAAAGAGUUUCCAUUGAGGGAGAAUUUGAUUGGGGCCAGAAUACCGUUAGCAAUCUAAAUAGUAUUCAUUGGCCAUACAGCUUAAUUUUAUUUCCCGAAGGUACUAAUUUAAGUGAGCAUACCAGAUCAAAAAGCGCCCAAUUUGCUAAAAAAAUUGAUCUUGAACCCUAUGAGAAUGUCCUAGUGCCACACACAACUGGGAUACGAGAAGUAUUAUUGAAGUUGAGACAGAGCUGUGAAUAUGUUUAUGAUUCUACCAUAGGUUACUCCGCUGUGAAGAAAGAAGAGUAUGGCCAGGAUGUUUAUAAAUUGUUUGAUAUUUUUUUGAAGGGGAAAGCUCCCAAAAUUGUAGAUAUUCAUAUGAGAGCAUUCAAAUUAUCUGACAUUCCAAUAGACGACGAAGAAGAAUUCAAUGAUUGGAUAUUUAAUAUAUGGAGAGAAAAAGAUGCCUUUAUGAAUUAUUAUUACCAGAAUGGUGACUUCAGUACUUUGCCAAAUACUAAGUCAAUAACCAGUAUUUGCGGGGUUACCACAUAUGAAUAUAUUGCAAUAUUAUUUUUGCCAGUAACCACAACUGUAUUGCUAUUUGGUGUUAUUUUAAAGAAGUUGUGUCCAUUUUUUUAA